GGUCGACCACGAGGAACUGUGGUAUGUCGUAUAACAAGAUGAGUAUUUAGGAAAUGGCUGAUUAGUUUCAACACAGCAUGAUAUAAGUGCAGUGAAAUGGAUAAAUACACAAGACCAAUAUCAAAGACAAUAGGUCAAACUGCAUCAUCAUCAAAAGACAUCGAUGUGGAGGUGAUAGAAAUGGUUGAAGAUGAUUGUGUAAUAGAUGAAACACAAGUAAGGAGCACCCCCAAGAAGCGUCCUCAAGAUAAAAAAGCAAAACCCAAUGUUCAUCUUAAAGAAAAAGACAAGAUGUUGGUUGAUGUCAAGGACGGACAACUGUUGAUACUAGAGAAUGGACAGGAAUUGUCUGUCAUUGGUCUGUGUACAAUGUCAGUUCUGUGUGGCUCUGUUAGUGUGUUCGGCUAUCAUUGUGACGCCAGCAAACCAUCAGUUGAACUUAUUUCCACCGUAAGCACUAGUCUGUUGAAAAUAAUAUGUGGAGGAGUGGAAACUGGUUCAGACACUAUACAUUCUGUUUACACAGAUUCUAAACUUGAGCAGAAUGUUAUAGAUAGACUACCAAGCAGAGAUGUGGCUGUGGUGAAACUAAGUAAAUUAGAAGCUCUUCAUAUAGACUUUAUUAUCAGUCUCAGAAAAUGCAUGGCAAAUCAACUUUUUGGAGGGAUUGAGGAUGGCCCCCAUGGGAGGUUUUCCAUAGAACCAGAAGAGAGUAAGACAAUUCCCAGAUUCAAUUUUGUUGAAGACCACAACUUUGUUCUGGACAAAUGGAAGGAACAAUUAUCUGCAGACAGUUCUUCUGUAAUAAUCACAUGUGGUGACCAAGGUCAAGGAAAGUCAACUCUGACUCAGUUUAUACUCAACUCAACACUAAAUGAUAUAGAGAAAGUGUGUUUUUUAGACUGUGACCCUGGACAGACGGAGUUUAAUCCUCCUGGCAGUGUGUGUUUACAUACUAUUAAUAGUCCUGCCUUAGGGCCGUCGUUCAGUCGCCAGAGGGAACCAACAGUCUGGUGUUUUAAUGGAUGUACAAGCCCAGGUAUAAACCCACACUUAUACAUCCAAUGUAUAAAUCACUGUUUCCAUGCCUACAAACAGAUGAAGCCACGCCCCCCUCUCAUAAUCAACACAAUGGGCUGGAUGACAGGCCUUGGCCUAAGUUUACUGGCUGAAAUUCUGAGAAUUGUUCAACCUGACCUGAUGGUACAGAUUGACCCUAAACAUUCAGAAGGAGAUGUUCUACCCUUAACUCCCUCCAAUAUGGCUGAAAUCCCAGGCUUGUCAAAUCGUGGCACAAUUAAAGAGACCAUUUCUCAGAAGGAUUAUGGUUUGAUCAUAAUUAAGUCUGUGGUGGACAAACAGUCCAGAGGUCAAAAUAAACGUCGUCAAUUCAGGGAAUUUGCGAUGAUGAGUUAUUUUGCAAUGGGCUUACCAGAGGGAAUUCUGGCAGCUAAACCCUACAUUGUGUCCUGGUCCAGAAUAGCCAUCCAUGUUUGCCAUGAAACAGUUCCAUCCUCUCAAAUACUAGAGGCCAUCAAUGCAUGUGUUGUAGCUCUCUGUUGUCUGGACUCUAGAUAUCCGCUAAUCAAGGAAGGAGAGGAUUGUCCAUGGUUUGUCAAGAAGACUCCGGCUUGUGACUGUGUGGGAUAUGGUUUUGUACGAGGGAUAGACAGAGAAAAAAAAUGUUUGUACAUAGUGACUCCAGUUGCACUAUCCAAACUUGAAUCUGUCAAUUUGUUGAUGCGAGGUGAUGUGAAUCUGUCAGAAGAGCUCUUUCUUGAGUCUUUCACAGGAGUUGUGCCAUAUGUUGAUGAUACUGCAACUGCUACAGGAGCCAGUUCUCUCAGACAGCGAAAACGAUUGCCUAGGAAAACCCGGGCUAAAGUAACAAACAGACAGGAUGUAUGGUGAUUAAAGUUAAGUUGUACACAGCAGUGCUGGUAAUCAAGGUCCUAUACAGUGCUGACAGAGACAUGAUACCUUGUUAUUAGAAUUGGCUGUAUACAUCAAUACUGAGAUAGACUGCAGGGUUUUCCAUAAGAGCAGGUCGCCGGCCAAUUUGGCUGGCUUCUUUGAUCAUUUGGCCGCCUACACCAAUCCAGUUCCAUAAUAAUAUUCCAUACAUGACUACAUGUACACAGCAGGCCACCCCCACCUCGCCGCGUUGCAGCUCGGGUCAGCUUGCUUCACCAGCCACCUACUUUCACUACACAGCCUACUACUAACAAAAUUAUGGAAAACCCUGAGACUGGAUAUCUCAUGAUUAGAGUCAGCUGUAUAUAGCAGUGUGAGACAAGGACAAUUCAUCUCAUGACCAAGGUCUACUCUAGGCAGCAGUGCUGGAAUGGCAAAUAGGUGAUAACAAAAGUAGGCUACAUACAACAGAGAAACACAAUGCAGCAGUGUUUACAGCACAUGUAUGGGUUUGGACAAUGUAAUAAUGAAUUUUAGACUUUUAGACAUUUGAUUUAUGGUUUUGAAGUUUUUAUAUUUUAACUUUUAAAAUACAGAUGUG